UUCAGAAGCCUGUCAAGAUGGAUUCGUGUUUUGCUGUAGAAAAAGAAGUAGAUAGAGUUAUAACAAAGUAUCAUGCAUUUAACGAACAUGCUAAAAUGACAUUAGCUGACUUGGUGAAUUAUGUCCAAGGUUUACAAACUGAAUUAAGCCAAGCACCAUUCGACCAAGAAGUUACACCAUCCCAAGCACUGUUGUUAGCACAGUGUGCUAAACGAGUAAAAGAUGUCACAACAUCCAUGACCACGGAACACAGGGACCUACAUGGAACUGUUUCGAAAGUAGGAAAAGCUAUUGACAAGAAUUUAAUUCCAGAUUUUGGUAGCACCAGUAGUGAAAAAGUUUUUGGAGAAGAAGAAAGUCAACGAUUAUUAAACCAGGUGGUGUGUGAGCAUUUUCUACGACAAGGGAUGCUAGACAUAGCUGAAGAACUCAUAAAAGAGGCAGGAUUGCAAAUGGAAGAAGGGAAGAAGGAGCCUUUCUCUGAACUAAAUCAAAUACUUGAAGCACUAAAACACAAGGAUCUGAAGCCUGGAUUAGAAUGGGCGUGUAGAAAUAGAGACUUGUUGCAAGCUCAGCACAGUUCGCUGGAGUUUAAACUUCACCGACUUCGUUUCAUUGAACUGUUACAACAAGGCACCGAAAAACAGCAAGAUGCUGUUCAAUAUGCUCGGGAAAACUUUCAACACCUCGCAAGCUUUCACGAGAAAGAAGUUCAAGUUCUGAUGGGUAGUCUUCUAUACCUUCGUCAAGGGGUUCAAAACUCACCAUACAGCUAUCUUCUUGAUCCCGUUCACUGGUCUGACAUCUGUGAAAUAUUUACUAAAGAUGCCUGUACCAUGUUAGGACUGUCUGUGGAGAGUCCUCUUACAGUUUGCAUCAAUGCUGGCUGUGUAGCUCUGCCAGCUCUCCUGAACAUCCGACAAGUUAUGCAGCAGAGGCAAGUAGCAGAUGUGUGGAGCUCUAGGGACGAACUUCCUAUUGAGAUAGAUCUUGGCCAGAGUGGCAGGUUCCAUUCCAUCUUUGCUUGUCCUAUCUUACGACAGCAAAGCUCGGAAAAUAACCCUCCCAUGAGGCUUGUUUGUGGACACGUCAUCUCACGAGAUGCAUUACACAAGCUAGCAAAUGGCAGCAAAUUGAAGUGUCCGUACUGUCCUGUGGAACAAAGCCCAACUGAUGCUAGAAUGAUACACUUUUAAGCUGUUCGUGGAUUUCCAUCCCUUGUAUUCUUGAAAUAUCUGAAGAAGAGUUUCCUUUUUUUCAACAAAAGAAUGCUGUAACUUCUGUGGGAUAGGCAGCAAGCACCGUAUAAAAAUUGCUGGGUGUGCAUUUUGGCAUACAGAACAUUUUAGUCAGAAAAAGUGUGUGUAAAAUAUUCUGUCAAUCCAGUUAAUUUGUGUUUGAAGGUUGGUGAACAAUGUUAAAAACAAUACUGUUCCUCUAUGUAUACAAAUUUUGUACAGAAAAUGUAAGUUGAUUAUGUAAUGAUUUUAACAUCAAGACGGAAUUCUUCACUUGUUUCAGAGUAUUCUUUAACUGAUAUUUUUUAGAGAUUUUCUUUGGUAAGCUUAAUGAAGUGAAAUAUCCUGGUAUGCAUGUAAAGUUUAAACAUUUUGAUGACAUUAUAUUACCAAGUAGGCAAUAAAUCACAUUAUGCCAGUCUGUAGUAUGUCUAAAUGACAUCUAACAAACCUAUCUUUUUCCUUAAACAAAUAUUUACUGAAAUUCUUAAGAUCGUUAUACAGUCGCAUCAUUUAAAUAUGUCAUAUAACAGAAUUAUCAUAAAAAUUUGCAUACACACACAUAAUCUUAAAAGUUAAAGACUUGGAAAUGGCCGAGACAUGAAACUUACACUGUUGAAAUAUGAUUUUAGUCUAAUAAUUUCAGCUGACAACUGUUAUGUAUAACUUGAUUCUGUAAAGGGGAUUAUCGUGUAACAUAUACAAUUCUAGGGCUAGUAAGAAAUAGUACAAGACAGAUAUUGGAUUGAUGUCUUUUUUUUUCUUCUUAUAUAUUACUUUGUUAUUGCAAUGUAUAAAGAAACUUGAAGUAGAGUUUGUGGAACGUAAGUAUUUGUUGUUUAUUUAAAUGGUUAUCGUGUAAUGUUUUUUGGAAAGUUUAUAAAACAUGUAUGUAAAUUCUGCUAGAAUCGCUGACUUUUUCAUACUUUAUAAUACAGUCACUCAUGUUUUAAUCUUUCAGCGAAGGGCAAGAGUCAUCAGAUUUAAUCAAUAUCUGUUGUAUUAAUAAUGUGUAGCAAUUACAAACAUUUUCACAUUAUCUGUUGUUGUUUUGUUUUUAAGUAAUUAACUUUUACGAAAAACUUUAACAGAAUUAUGCCAUGAAAUUGGAUUAUGUAAAAUUGAUAAAAAUAAUCAGACUUCCUAUGUUCUACAUUUGUCUUAGAUUUAACUUUUACUAAUUAUUUUGAGAACUAGACAUUCAGUGUGAAGUAUUCGGGAUGGAUUGUUUUUUAAACAACAUUCUUGUAAAUAAAAGGAGAGAGAGAAUUAUCCUGUAAAUUGGUCAUGCUGACCCAACUAAAUUUAAAAAAAUAUUGUUUUCAGAUUUCUCUUCAUUUCUUAAAUGAUAAAUUUCAAUAUAUCUAUGUUAAUUUUUGUUUUAAAAGUAUAUAUUCAAGAACAUCUAUAUACGCUUACUGUAUUACAGUUAUGGUAACCUACUUGCAUCCAUUCCAAGAAUGUAAAUCACCUCCUUUCAGAGAAUUUUUUAAUUUUAGAAGUUACAUUUUUCAGGAGGACUCAACUUUUCCAAUCUUAAAUCCAAAUAUGAAUGGUAAUUGACCUUUUCUUAAACCAAAAGAAACCCAUGCCUCUGAUUUUAGCAAAAGAACUACAACUGCUUAUCCCCCUGGUGUCAAUUCUGAAAGGAACAUAAUUUGCAGAUAUUAGGAAUAUAGUAGUGUUGAAAAGAAACUGUUUCAAAGUUUGUAUUUUCUUUUACACAAAAUGUAAAACAGUGUAGUGAAAAUGACCAUUAAUCAAAAAUUCUCUAAUUGUGGUUAUUUAUAUAUAUAUAGUGUGUGUGUGUGUGUAUGGAAGAGUUAUUACAAUUUCCUGUGUGUGUAUUAAAUAAUUUAAAUUUUAUUAUUCUAAAGUAUGGUUUUGCCCAGCAUUUGAUAUAUAAAUGUGAUAGCGAAAUAAAAGUUCUGGAAAAUACUAGAAAAAAAAAAUCAAA